ACUGUGCAGCCGUAGUGCGGAUGACCUUCUUCCGCCAUUGAGUUGGUUAGGGACGCAAGAACAAUGAUAUCUAUUCCCAAAUCGUCGGGACUAACGGCAUGUUCUCAAAUAGUGCCAGCCUUUAGAAGUCAGCUUGUCAAUGUUAUUCCCAAGAAAAAACCUUUUGUACCAAAAUGUAAACCAGGAAUUCACCCAUUGCCCACAGCAGCAAUUUCUGCUUGUACGGGAUUGACAGGAGGCAGCCAGGUGCGGUUCUCCCACACGGAUGUCCGGGUUCCCGAUGUUGACGACUACCGGCGCCAUGGCAAUGUGUCCAACACUGACAAGAACAAGGGCCAGGAGGACGCUAAGCUCUUCACCUACCUCAUGGCUGCAGGUUUCGGAACAGCUGGUGUCUACGCUGGUAAAGACGUAGUAUAUGGAGUGGUGUCGUCCAUCAGUGCCACCAAGGAUAUUCUAGCCAUGGCUAAAGUAGAGGUUAGCAUGGCUGAUAUACCUGAAGGAAAGACGAUGAUCUUCAAGUGGCGUGGCAAGCCCCUCUUCAUUCGACACAGGACCGCCGAAGAGAUUGAGGCAGAACAGAACGUGGACCUGACCACCCUGCGCGAUCCCCAACACGACACUGAUCGCUGCAAAGACCCAAAGUUUCUCAUCUGUGUCGGAAUCUGCACACAUCUUGGUUGUGUGCCGGUUGCUGAGGCUGGUGAUUUCAACGGUUAUUACUGUCCAUGUCAUGGGUCCCACUAUGAUGCCUCUGGUAGAAUCAGGAAGGGUCCAGCUCCUCUCAACCUAGAUGUACCGUUUUAUGAGUACACAGAGGAAAAUUCUGUUGUUGUUGGAUAAGACUCAGCUGUUCUCAUUAGACGUUAAAAGUGAUUUGCUAAAAUAAUUAAAGAGCAGUAGCUAUACAAAUGUUUUAAGAAAGUAUAUUGAUCACCAUCUAAUUGGUCUUAAGAACUUUUAUAUUUAUUUUGAAUCCAACUGAAUUUGGAGAAUGUUGCUGUUGUGAUGAUUGCAAAUGUUUCUGUAUCUUAAUAAAGUUUGAAAUGUUUAA